GAUCCCCUUUUCCUAUCGUCUUUCUCUGUCUCCUCGUCGCUGCUCUCGACCGCCGAACCUCCGCUCCCGGCCGCCGCGCCUCCGCAACUCCUGGCAUCCUCCUCCGCCUCCAUUAUUUAUCCCCGCAUUUGCGCCCAGCUCUCCUAAGUCCUGACCAACGCCCCUGCUCGUAUCCUCUCUGUAAACCUAGACGAGAGACAUGGAGGUAACCAGUGGUGAUGGUGGUGGUGGGAGGAGCAUUUGAUUCCCACAACUCCAUGUGUGGAGCAUGGAAGAAUCCAGCCCCAUUCCCCCUUCCUUGUCUGGACAGCCAGAUUCGUUUGCGUUGGAACUUAAAGUUGAAUCAUUUAGCACUAACCAUCCAUCGUGCUUGAAAUCUUACUUCACUGACUGUGGGUUGUCGACCGCAAGUUGCUGGCAGAGUGUUGAAAUGGUUUGUCGACCGCAAGUCGCUGACUGUGGAUGUUAUGAUGUCUGAUUUAGCUGGUGUUCUUAAGUUUGGGGUUAAUCAGAGGGCUCACGUUUGGUAUUCCGACAGGAGCAAGCACGAAUCUGUGUGUCUAAACCAUGAGUCUCAACUUCCUGCUAUGUUUGACAUGCAUCUCUUAGAGAGGUUCAUAGAGCUUGUUGUGAAAGUUUCUAACAUUCUUGCUCAAAAUGGUCAAACAAUUCAGAAUGAGUCCGCUCAAAAUGACCCAUCUGCAGUAGCACAAGAUAUAUCUCAAGACAAUCUAACUCAGCCAAAUUCAGAAACUGAAUACACAGACGACAUUGAUCCAUUUGACUUACCAGAGGAGUAUGUAGGUGUUGACGAUGAGCACAUAUACGAUUUCGAGCCUAAGAUCGUUAAUGUGCCUGUUGUUCAGAUGUUGGAUGAUGAUGAACCAGCUGUUGAUGGGCAUAUCCGAGAGGUGGCUAUAGAUGAUGAUGAUGAUGAUGAUGAUCCUAGUGAGCUGAUAAUUACCCAUAACCCACAAGACCCAGUUAUUGAAGAGAAAGCUUUAUUUCCAGACAUGGUCACUUUCAGAAAAGCCAUCCGACACUAUGCCAUUAAAAAGGACUUUGAGUUUGGGAACUUAAGAACAGAUAAGACAAGAUUCAUUGCUAAUUGCAGUCAUGAAUCAUGCAGGUGGCGCAUACACGCUUCUAGGUUACAAGAUGGUUGUAAAAUAAUGAUAAAAAAGCUACCUUAUGGGCACACGUGUCCUACUACCGAAUUGCUAGAGGGAAGGAUGGCUUCACAAGGUUGGGUUGCUGAUAGGUUAGGAGACUGGUUGAAGAAGAACCCUGCAGCUGGUGCGAAGGAAGCCCAAAAACAUCUUCAAGGUGAUUAUAAGAUUAGGUUGAAGUAUUCAAAGGCUUGGGCAGGUAUUACACUAGCUUCAGAACAACUUCAUGGAAAAUAUGAUGAUAGCUUUCAAAUCCUUUUUAAUUGGAAAUCUGAGAUAGAGAAGAGGUCCCCAGGUUCAAUUGUAGAGAUAGAAUUGCAAGAAACAGACAAUGAAAUGUGUUUUAAGCGAGUGUUUGUUGCACUUAAGCCUUGCAUAGACGGUUUCCUAGCUGGAUGCAGACCAUACAUAGGGGUGGAUUCUACCGCAUUGAAUGGCAAAUAUAAGGGGCAGCUUGGCGGCAACAGGUGUAGAUGGGCACAAUUGGCUUUUUCUUGUUGCCUAUGUUGUUUUUGAUAGUGAGACAAAGGAAAAUUGGGGUGGUUCCAUGAGCAACUCCAUAUAGAAAUAGGUUCUCCACCAAAUCUUGUCAUAUCAUCUGAUGCUUGCAAAGGCUUAGAGACAUCCAUAGCAAAAGUUUUUCCUGAAGCCGAGUGCAGAGAAUGCAGGAGACAUUUGUAUUCCAAUUUCUUGAAAAAAUAUCGUGGGCCAGUUUUCACAAAGAACUUGUACCCAGCUGCAAGGGCAUUCAAAGAAAGUAAGUUCAUAUAUCACAUGGAAAAGAUCAUGGCAGAGUGCCCGGAGGCUAUUGAGUAUCUAGAGACUUACCAUGCAAGAUUGUGGUACAUAUGUGGAUUUGGAGAAGGCAGCAAAGUUGAUUACCUUACGAACAAUGUUUCCGAGAGCUUUAAUAAGCAGAUCAAGGACUUGAAAGGUUUGAAUCUUUCUAAGCUCGUGGAUGAAAUAUAUCACCUAAUCCUAGAUAAGUUUUGCAUCCGAAGGGAAGUUGGGAGAGAGAUGGUAGGCAAAAUCUUACCUUCGGUUAUUAAACAAAUGAAUGCACUUAGCAGAUUUGUAGGAAGUGCCACUAUAUGUAGAAAUGAUGAUUUGGAAGGAGAGGUGAGCUUACCAGACAGAAAUAACAUUAUUAGGAGGUUCAUGGUGGACCUAGAGAAAUGGAUUUGUUCAUGCAGAGUGUGGAAAAUUACUGGGAAGCCUUGCAUUCACGCUUUAGCUUUUAUUUGCUCUUUCAGAGGGCUUAAAAUUCAAGACUUUGUCCAUGAAUACUAUUUUGUGGAGAGGUUCCAAGCUGCAUAUGCUGGGGUGAUUGCAUCAAUGACAGAUAAAUCAGAGUGGCCGGAAGUUGAUCUAGGAUUUAAGGUACACCCUCCUGUACAAACGAAGAAUGUGCCUGGUAGGCCUAGGAAGGUGAGGAUUAGAGGUUGGAUGGAACCUAUGAGAAGAACAGUUAAAUGCAAGAGAUGUAAAGGAUUUGGCCAUCAUCGGAAAACUUGCAAACUUCCUUUUAAAUUAGACGAUGAAGAGGAAGAAGAGCCAGAUGAUGGGGAGCAAGAAAAGCCAGAUGAUGUAGAGAAACAAGAAAAUCCCGAUGAUGGAGAGCAACAAGGACUAGAUGAUGGAGAGCAAAAAGAAAGUGAGGAGGUGGAUCCAGCCCCUAAAGAGGUGCAACCAGCCACGAAAAGGUAUUGGAAUUUGGAUCAUAUCUUCUCCAAUUACAUUCAGCUUGUUAGGUGUAUCUUUGUCCAUAACCGGAUUGAUUACAAUAAUGAUUUGGCAUGCAUGAAGAUCAAUUUACUCAAGUUGUCCAUAACCAGGGACACGGCUAAUCAUGAUUAGUUUAUACACUCUGCAGAGGGUUGCGCAC